ACCACCUUCCAGAAACCAAGACGACAUCCUCAGGCAUCAGGAAGGGAAAGCUAGUCCGGUCAUCGCCAAUAUGUCUGCUACCGAAAAUGCCAUGGCGAGGUUCCUGUUCGCCAUCCUCCAGCAAAAGUCUCUGAAGGAUAUCGACUGGAACGAGGUAGCCGCCAGCCCGUUUCUCUGCCAGAAGAUAUCGAACGGCCAUGCCGCCCGCAUGCGUUACGCGCGAUUCCGAGCCUCCAUGCUAGGCACCGAACCCCGACCGAGGAAUCGUACGAAUACCGACGAGAAUCGAGUUACAAAGGCCAAGAAGAAGGUGGGAGAAAAGCCAAAGAAGAAAGCAAUCACAGUUGAGAUAGAGAAGGAGGAUGAAGUGUCCAAGAGCAAAGCCGCAUCCGCGACGAUGCCAUCCCCGCCUCUCAAGGACGAGAAAGAUUUCAUACCUCCCGAACCGUCACCCCUCGACCGUGUGUAUUCCACACCGACCUCCAUGGCCAAGCCCAUGUCCGACAUACAAUCCCGAAUGCACAUGCGGUUCCUCACUCCCUGCAGCGACUCGGAUGCUCAUACGGCGUCACCUCACAUCUGUACCCGGGCAGCGGUCACGGCAUGCCCCACCGAGAUGCUGCUCGGCCAUCCAGACACCCCUUUUUCUUUCACCACUGGCUCGUCCACCGCCACCACCACCAUCACCCCCACCGGAUCCUGGCAGUCCACUUUACCUGCCUACGCUAGCUAUGGAAUGGGAUACGAAUUGGAUACCUAUGCCAUGGCUUUUGCUGUAAGCGACUCUCAGCAGAACGAACAGCAUGCUGCUGAACAACUUCGGGUACAUGCUACCAUGAUGGAACAUGAGGACCAGACCGGCAUGGUCAAGCAGGAAGACUGGGAUGCUCAGCAGUAUCAGUGUUGA